GCCACCGAUGAGGAGCUUGAGAAGGGAUGUUGGCAGAAAGCGCUUGAGAAAUGGUAUGUUGCGGUUUCCUUAGUGGGUGCCUCUAUAGUGGGGUUGGAUGCGAAGGAAGGGAUGCUAUCGCUGCGUGAGCUCUUCGGAAAGAAAAGCCAUUCUACCGUGGACAAGCGGGGGUCAUCCCUCUUGAAGUAUCUCAAGUUCAUGCACGAGUAUCAUCCGCACAGGCCUGCGUUUCCCUUGAGUACUUCCAGCACGGACCUGUGCAUCAGACACCUCAAGGCCACCAAUGCCAAAGCAAGUCAGGUGUCUUCCUUUGUGGAAGCGGUGCGUUUCGCCGUGUAUGUGGUGGGGGUUAGUGCCGAUGACUCGGGUUCAGGUAAGCUCUUCAGCCCAUGGGCCCUCGGGUUUCAGGGUCUGCUUCUAGCCGGGAAGGAUGAAAGGUGCCCAUCGCUUGUCCUUACGGUCCGGCAAGUUGAGGUCCUUGAAGAGUCUUUGUGGGACGAGGAGCUUGGGAUCAGCGACAUAAGGAAAGUUCAUGGAUUCAUCAUUGACGUUGUGACGGAGGGAGGAGUGGCCGUAGGUUUCCUGGAGUGUGCCACCAGGUCGGUUCCCUGGGGCUUGCAGUUCAUCAAAAUUGCUGAGGAAGUUGGCCUCCCGUUCAGCAGCAGGGACAAGGGUGGACAGGCACUGUCAGAUGCACCUGGGGGUCGCACGGAUAGUGAGCAUGAGUACUACGCCCCCAUGGCUGAGUCGCCAUUGCCCAAGGCGCAGAGUUUCUUGGAGGAAGUGUUGCCUUCCCCCAGUGAGGACAAUGCCGAGGCCCCUCAAGCAGCAGGCAUAGGUGGCAGUCAUUCCGAAAGAGGCACGGGAUCUUCCUCUAGUUCAUCCUCCAGUGAGACUGAGGUCAGCGAUGGGGAGCAAGACUGGGUAGGAGACUUAUGCCCAGAGUUGUCCAAGGUGGUGCCCACGGCAAAGCCAGUGGAGCCAGACUUGGAGUUUUGGAAGCACCCAAAGACCUUGACCAUUCACUCCUUUGCCGCAGGUUCCCUGAAGAAUAAUUUUUCUUGUGGACGAAAGCACACUUCGGACUAUGUGCGCAUCACAGAAAGCGCAUUUUUGUCUUCCAGGUUGUGCGAGGUUUGCAGAAAGAGCAAGCCUUUGCGAGAUGUUGGAGCACUGACCUCCAUGAUUGACGAAGGUCUUCGGUCUCGGUAG